AUGCAUCCCUUGGCGGUCACGGCGUGUCUCCUGUUUGAGAACCCAUGGAUCGGCAAGAUCUUGAUCUGCUGCAGCACACACCGUGAGGUAGCCAACGUUGCAGUAGCGGUGGAUCGCACCACCAAGUUCAGCAUCAACCAAUACAACCACUCCCAACACGAAGCAGUACGGAAGCCCUACUUUACUAUUGUGCGAGCUCGCAAGCACGAGGUUGAGGUUGAUCAAGUCAUCAAGAUGAUCGAGAAUCACGGAAAAGAUAGAAGCUGCUGGGUGAAUCCAGGAGAUAUCACCCAAGAGUGGCUUGAAGACCACGAGCUUUCUGCGGCCGUAUGGGUUCUGAAAGUCAUAGGUUAUCGAGGCGACCAAGGCCAAAGACUGCGCUGGUCACUCACAAGCCACGACAGUCCAAUUCUCUUUGAUAUCCGACAGAGAUUCUUGGUGGAUAAACCCUCCUCGUACCUGAGAGAUGCGAUCUUCGAGAACAUCGCAUGGAGAUCUUUGAGUGAGCAACACGAAAAAUCCGUCAUAGUUUGGGAAAAACAAUACACCCAGGGCCAGGCCGCUCUGGCUGAUAGACCUGCAAAACCCGUACGCAUCAUUGGAAAACUCAUUGAAGAAAUCAUCUUCGAGGCCGCAUUGGCACUUUGUGCAACUCCUGGUGGAGCGACGUCUGACGGAUUGAUAGAUUUCACACUGGGCGUGGCCAAAGCUACACUCAUCGGCGAUGCCAGGAGGCUUACGGUGUCUGAGCUCAUUACGGUCUGGCAUGAUGCAAGGCCGUUGGUUCAGGCCGUUAGCUUUUUGGUAAAGCCCUAUGUCAACAUACUGACAGAGAAAGAAAAGAAUGGCAAGAACUACGUCAACAUGUUCGCCCAAUGUCUCUACCAGUCCAGCCUUGAGAAGUUUGUCAAGCUUGGCUUUCCUUCUUUUCCGGCUGAGCGGUUCGAUUAA